CACUGCUCUCCCCUUGGCGGCAUUCGCGUCCACCGUGGUUUUAGAUUUUCUCGGGUUUCUCUUUUUCGUUUCCCUUCUUUUCACUGCAAAAGAAGAGGGAAAAAAUCGAAAGCUGAGAAGGAAAACAUUUCCCCCAUUCUCCCUUUCGCGCUUUCUCAGCCACUCUUGAUGGAUAAAGCUUGGAAUUUUGCGGAAGGUUUUUGGGUCAUAGUCCUUUCUACCUUCUGCGUUUCGGUCUGAGAUCGGUUCUACUCAAGUUACAAAAGAAUUGGUUGCAGUCUUUUUUUCAGACUACAUCUUUAAAAAUUUCUCGUCUUUUGAAUCAUAUAAUGGCCAGUGAUUCUGCUGUAAUGUCCAACGGCAAUGUGAACUCACAUCUUAACUCACAGAGGAAUUACCAAGUGGUUGUUGCUGCAACCCGGGAUAUGGGUAUUGGUAAGGAUGGAAAACUACCCUGGAGACUGCCUUCUGAUCUCAAAUUUUUUAAGGAGAUCACUUCAAUGACAUCUGAUCCCGGGAAGAAGAAUGCAGUGAUAAUGGGUAGAAACACAUGGGAGAGUAUCCCUCUUGAGUAUCGCCCACUUCCUGGUCGCCUUAAUGUUGUUCUUACUCGCUCAGGAAGCUUUGACAUUGCAACUGCAGAGAAUGUUGUUAUAUGUGGAAGCAUGUCCUCUGGUUUGGAAUUGUUAGCUGCUUCUCCUUACUGUCUAUCAAUUGAGAAAGUAUUUGUUAUAGGAGGUGGCCAGAUAUUUAGAGAGGCUCUAAAUGCACCUGCAUGUGAAGCUAUCCACAUUACUGAAAUUGAGACAAAUAUCAACUGUGAUACUUUCAUCCCUCCAGUUGAUUCCUCUGUAUUUCAGCCAUGGUAUUCUUCCUAUCCUAGGGUGGAAAACAACAUCCGCUAUUGUUUUACCACAUAUGUACGAGUGAGGAGUUCUGUAGCAGAAUCCCUGAGUCAGAAUUCUGAUCAACUUUGUGAUACUGGAUCAGAUUCCUCAAAAUUUGAGGUCAAGAACUUCUCUUUCCUUCCCAAAAUGAUUUUCGAGAGGCAUGAAGAGAACAUUUAUCUCAAUCUGAUCCAAGAAAUCAUCUCUGAAGGCACUGCUAAGGAUGACAGGACUGGGACUGGCACCUUCUCGAAAUUUGGUUGCCAGAUGAGGUUUAAUUUGCGCAGAAGCUUUCCUCUUUUAACAACUAAGAAAGUAUUUUGGCGAGGGGUUGUUGAAGAGCUUCUUUGGUUUAUCAGUGGUUCAACAAAUGCCAAGGUGCUGCAGGAAAAAGGCAUCCAUAUAUGGGAUGGCAAUGCGUCCAGAGAAUACCUUGAUAGUGUUGGAUUGGCAGAGGGGGAGGAGGGUGACUUGGGACCUGUUUAUGGGUUUCAGUGGAGGCACUUUGGUGCCAAGUAUACUAACAUGCAUGCUGACUACUCUGGCAAAGGAUUUGAUCAGCUUUUAGAUGUUAUUAACAAGAUAAAGCAUAGUCCUGAUGAUCGGCGGAUUAUUCUCUCAGCUUGGAAUCCGGCAGAUCUUAAAUUGAUGGCCCUUCCACCCUGCCACAUGCUUGCACAGUUCUAUGUAGCAAAUGGGGAGCUAUCUUGCCAAAUGUAUCAGAGAUCUGCUGACAUGGGCCUGGGCGUGCCCUUUAAUAUUGCAUCUUAUGCUCUCCUGACAUGCAUGAUUGCUCAUGUUUGUGAGCUAGUUCCAGGUGAUUUUAUCCAUGUUAUUGGGGAUGCACACGUUUACCGGAAUCACGUGAGACCUUUGCAGGAGCAGCUCCGGAACCUUCCUAAACCUUUUCCGAUUUUGAAGAUAAAUCCAAAGAAGGAUAUAGAUUCUUUGGCUUCCGAUUUCAAGCUUAUAGGUUAUGAUCCUUACCAGAAGAUAGAAAUGAAGAUGGCCGUGUAAACAUCUAGGGGAUUCAUCCUUAGUCCCUUCGUCAGGCCGCCCAUGCUUUUUGAACUGAGGGAUUUAGAUUACAUUGAUGAUGUAUUUUGCUCCAGGCGACGAGGUUUUUUAUGUACUAAUAAAGAGAAGGUACCAGUUGGAGUUGAAGCUUGGUAUAGGUCGUUGUUAGUGGACAUUGUUCAGUUCCAUUUGUAUGCUUUGGUGGUUCCCAGGGUGAUUUAGAUGAACUGCUUUUCUCUCUCAUGUCUUUAUCAGUCAUUGGCUGUUUUGACUGUAACACACUCAUACAGGGCUAAAGUGCAUCACAAACUUGAAAUUUGAUAGGAUUAAAGUGUAUUUUUUUCUCCUAAACUUUCCUUCAAAGAGUGUUAGACACCUUAUAUCA